AUGGAGCGCGCCGCGGCGGCGCUCGCGCAGCGGGAGCCGGUGCUGCUUGUCGGGGAGACGGGCACUGGCAAGACCACCACUCUGUCGCACCUCGCCAACCUGACCGGCUCCAAGCUGGUGGCGUUCAACCUGAGCCAGCAGACAGACAGCUCAGACCUGCUCGGCGGCUUCAAGCCCGUUGGCGCGCAGGAGAGCCUGCUGCCCCUGCUGGCGCCCUUCCAGGACCUGGUCCGCCGCACCUGGACCAAGGGCAACAACGAGGAGUUCCUGGGCCGCGCAGCCAAGUAUGCCGAGCGCCGCAAGUGGAGCCACCUGCUGGCCGCACUCAAGACGGGGCUCUCGAAGGUGCUGCCGCUGCUGGGCGCCGCAGCCGAGGGCGACGAUGGCACGAGCGCAGACGGCGGCGCCGGCGGGGCCGCGGCGGUGCAAGGGGGGGACGAGGAGAUGGCAGAUGCGGGCGAGGAGCGCGCGCGGAGCCACGAGACCGCAAGCACGUCGCAGCCCGCGGGCGGCGGCGGCAGCGGCGUGGGCAGGAAGGGCGCGCGCGGCCGCGGCCGCGGCGCCGGCAAGGCCGCGACGGCCCCCGCGGCUGCGGCGGCGGCGUCGGACGCGGCCCCCCGCAAGCGGCGCAAGGUUGGCGUCGUGCUCACCGACGCGCUCCGCGCCGCCUGGCGCCGCUUCGCCGCCGACCUCUCCGCCGCCGAGCGCGCCGCCGCCGCCGCCGAGGGCGGCUUUGCCUUUGCCUUCGUGGAAGGAGCCCUCGUUUCCGCGCUGCGCGAGGGAUGGUGGCUUCUCUUGGACGAGAUCAACCUCGCGCCGCCCGAGGUUCUGGAGCGCAUCGCCGGCGUCCUAGAGACCUCCUCCUCGGCCUCGGCCGCAACUUCGGAAUCCUCAAACGGCGCUGACGGAGAGGCGGAGGCCAGCGGGCUGCUGCUCGUGGAGCGCGGCGACGCGGCGGCCGUGCCGAGGCAUCCGGGGUUCAGGCUAGUCGCGGCGAUGAACCCCGCGACGGACGCGGGCAAGCACGACCUGCCGCCGAGGCUGCGGGGGCGCUUCACUGAGCUGUGGGUGUCGGAGCCGCGGCAGAGGGCCGACCAGGCGGCGCUGGUGGCGGGGUACUUGGCGGGCGCGGCGCCCAACCCGCCUGUGGACGCGGUGGUGGACUUCUACAGGGCGGCCAAGGCUGAGGCGGAGGCGAGCCUGACCGACGGCUCCGGCCAGCGGCCCGCCUACUCCCUGCGCACCCUCUGCCGCGCCCUGGACUACGCCCGGACUGCCGCCCCGGCCUACGGACUGCAGCGCGCGCUCGCCGACGGACUGGCCAUGUCCUUCUCGACGCAGCUGUCCCCGGAGUCAGCGCCGCGCAUGGAGCAGCUGCUGCUGCAGGCGGCCAUGCCGGGCACCAAGCCCGCCGCCGCCGCCAAGGCGCUGUCCCGCGCGCCCGCGCCCCCGCCCGGCGGCGCCGAGACCCACGUGCUGUUCGAGAGCUUCUGGCUCGAGCGCGGCCCGCUGGCGCCGCCGGCGGGCGGCGCGGAGGACGACGGGGCGGCGCGGCGGUUUGUGCUGACGCCGAGCGUGAGGAAGCACCUCGCGAACCUGGCGCGGGCGGCGCUCGUGCGCAAGCACCCCAUCCUGCUGCAGGUGCGGCUGCUGCUGCGGCUGCUGCCGCCGCUGCUGCUGCUGCUGCUGCUGCUGCUGCUGCUGCUGCUGCUGCUGCUGCUGCUGCUGCUGCUGCUGCUGCUGCUGAGCCCAUCCGCGCAUGCGCCACUCAAGCGACUGCCUUUUUAA